AUGGAAUCGAUUUUUGAACCAAUUUCCCAAAUAAUUGAACGAGCAGACCCGAACUCAAAGGAAAUUAUUGAUGAUGUAGUAAAUAAUUUCAUUUCAUCCUUCAGUUUUACGACAAAAUCAUUAGUAUUAGCAAAUAACGAUCCUGAAUUCGCAAGAUUAAUCAAAAACUUAGCAAAAUUAAUGGUUAAGACAAUAAUAAAAGAUGAAAAAUGCAUAGAAUUAAUAAUACUAAAGUUUUUCAUUCGACUUUGUAAAUUACCACAUCUUACCAAGAUAGUAAGUCAAGAAAUAAAUCUUGACCUCUUAAUUAGUAUGCUAUUUAAUGAAGAAUCACUCAAAAAAGAAGCAGUUUAUGCUGAAUACUUUCACUUAAUUUCUCUUUUAACGAUAAAUAAUAUUCCAAUUAUCACAAACAGAUCAACAUUCGAUACAUUAUUCAAAAAUAUAUAUGUAUGCCUACAAGUUCCAGAAAUUCGCUAUUGGGCUUUAAUAACGACAAAUAAUUUUGCAAGAAAUUCUCAACAAUUUAUGUCAUUUUUACGUAUGAACCAUAACUUCAAUCCUUUCAAACGAUUAAUUAAUGAUCUUUUGAUCAGUGAAGAUCGCAAUAUUAUUGGAGCGGCAUUCUCAGCAGCCACAGCUUUAUCACCUAUUACAGAAGAUUUUCAGACAGCCUUCAUUGCAGCACAGAAGCUUUGUGAAUCAGAUAAUCCUAGAGAACUGUUUUUAGCAUCGUUAUCACAAAGUAUUCUACAGAUUGAAAAAGACAAUGGAAUUAGCAGCGCUCUUUAUUGUGCAUUGUUUAUUUCACUUGGAAAAUCAUGCGGUAUUGAUGCAUCUGAAGCAGCAAACGCUUUGACUCAAAUGAAUCCUAUAUAUUGUGAGCAAUUAACAAAAGAUGAAAUAAGAACUUUCAUAAUGAGAUUAAUUAAUAUUCAAGAAGGAUUUGUUUCUUUGGCUCACUGCGGUUUACUUUAUAAGCUUGUUGAUGCAGUUCCAGAAUAUAUCUCAGCGCUAAGAGAUCCAUUUGAUAUCUUUUAUUCAGCAUUACAAAAUUAUAUGAGAUAUGAUCCUUCAAUUACAUCAACAGAAACAUAUAUGUCACUAUUAUAUAUCAUGAGAUUAUUCCUAAAUUCACCCGGAAUCAAAGAUAAGUUACUCGUUUUAUUAACAGAUCAUCAAGAAUAUAUAUUUAGUGAAUUUGAAAGAAGAAUAACCCAAGAAAACUCUGCAUUAUCAGCUUCAUUAUUCCAUUUCUUAAUGGAUUGCUCACUCUUUAUUGGCGGGUGGACUCCAAGAAUCAAGCAAAUAAUAGUUAAUUCUAAAUUUGCCUCAUUAUUGUGUAUCUCAUUAUUAUCAUCAAAUAGUAAGAGAGAGAUAUCAAGUGCUUUAUUAGCAAUGCAAUUAUUACUAACAGAUAAUUCAACACAAUAUAUUUUCUUUGAACAAUUCACAGAUUCUAUUUAUAAGAUGAAUUCGAAAGCGUAUUUUCCCGUUGAAAAUAUUGAAGAUGCUUUGAGAAAAGAGCAAAAAUCUCGUGAAAUUGAAAUAACUGAUUACACAUUAAAGAAUAUAAACUACGAAAAAACAAUUGAAGAACUAAAGAAGAAAUACUAUAUUUCCCAAAAGCAAGUGUCAAAGCUCGAAAACACAAUUCAUGAAUUAAAUAGAGUCAACAAAUUAAAAGACCAAGAUUUGAAAAACAAGGAUAUUUUAAUAAGCGAAUUAAAUAAGAAGAUUGAAGGUUCUGUUAGACAAGUAGCAAAUUCUAAAGAGGAUAAUGCAAAGCUAGCUCAGAAGAUUAAUUAUUACAAGAAGAAAGUUACAAUUAUCAAUGACUGCCUAAAUGAAAACCGGUCUUUGAAGAGUCAAAAUGAAAUUUUAUCCAAGAAGGUUGAUACUAUUUUAACACAAAAUGGAACUUUGGAAGCACAACUUACUAAAUUUAAAGAAGCAUUUGAUCAACAAAAUAAGAAAUAUAUAACAACAGCCAAGAAAACUGCAGACUUAGAAGUUCAAAUUGAAAAGUUAUCCAAGAAGAAUGCAAUUCUUGAAAAAGAUCUCGCUUCAAGUGUUUCCUUGAGCGAGAAGCAGAAGAUAGAAAUUAUUCAAGUAACUUCUCUUAGAGAUGAAUGGAUGGGUAAAUCAACUAAAUUUGAUGAAUUAAAUCAAUCAUUAAUUAAGGAAAAUAAUGAACUUAAAGCAACAAUCGAAUCCAAUAACAGUGUCAUUGAAUCAACAACAAAACAGAUAGAGAUCUUGAAGCAAACAGUUGAGAAUCUAAAGAAAGAGAAUAAGAAACUAUGCGGAUAUGUUACAUUUGAUAAUCGUGUGAUCACGGCCCAAAAGCAAACUGUUGAAAAGAUAUUAACAACAUCGAAAUAA